AUCUCAUUUCUUGAAGAUCCCGCAACGAUGGCAGAUGAAUCACCAGCACAGCGAUCCGCCCGAGUGCGCCGCGAGCGCCGCGAGGCAAAGAUCAAGGAAGGAGGCUCCGCGCGCCUGGACAAAAUCACCAGUCUGAGUGGACGCACGCCACAAGCUGAGCGCGAAGAAGCCUCCCCAUCUCCUCAACCUCAGCGUGCAAUCUCCGCAUCUCCCUCCCCGGGACCGCAAAACCCCCAGUUCCGACCCUCACCCUCGCCACAACCAGACAUGCAAUCACCAGAAGCGAUCCGCGCCCAGCAGGAAGCGUUCCUCUCUAUGCUCCGACAAUCCGCACCAGAACCAGGCCAAGGCGUGCAUCCCGACCCACAAGCUCCAAAUGGCCUCCAGGCUCAGCAAGAAGCCUUCCGCGCGAUGUUGAGACAAUCCGCACAGGACCAAGGACAGGACCAGCCGCCCAAUGACGCCGAAGACCCCACUAUCAAACUCCUGAGCUCUCUCAUGGGUGCUAUGCCCGGCGGUGACCCCAAUGCUACACCAGGAGCACCUGCAGCUGGCGCAGGCAAUCAACCGGCACCUGGAUUCUCUCCCGCUGCUAUCGCAACAAUGCUUGGCGUGCCGCCUUUCAUCGCCAAUAUGCUGGGUGGAGCACCGCCGCCAACAGAGGCGGAGCAGAAGCGUGUUCGGAUUUGGAAGACGCUGCACACCGUCUUUGCGUUGGCGGUUGCUGUCUAUCUGCUGUUCAUUGUUGGGACUUCGGUUGCGUUGUUUGGUAGUCCCCCGCCAAAGCCUGCGACGGCACAGAAUCCCUUUGCGAUUUUUGUGACCGGAGAGUUGCUGUUGACUGGGGGUAAGGUAUUGCUUGGUGGGAAGUCUGGUGGUAUGGGAAUGGUAGUGCAGCUUGUCAGGGAUGUGGUGAGGGAUGGUAGUCUUCUGUUGUUUAUUUUGGGCAUGGGGACUUGGUACAAUCGCGAAUGGCAGACCACGGCAUACUAG